AUGGGGGAGGGAAUACUCACUCAAUUUUCCAACUGGACAGAGUGUGCCAAACUAGAAAUGACACGGAUUAAAACCUCCCUCUCUAUCUCUAUCUUUUUAUCUCUCUCUCUCUCUCUCUCCCUGUAUAUCUAUAUCUCUCUCUAUCUCUCUCUAUCGCUAUCUCUCUCUAUAUAUUUCUAUCUCUAUCUCUCUCUAUCUCUCUCUAUCUCAAUCUCUCACUCUAUCUCUCUCUAUCUCACUCUCUCUAUCUCUAUCUCUCUCUGUCUCUCUUUCUCUCUCUAUCGCUAUCUCUCUCUAUCUUUCUAUCUCUAUCUCUCUCUAUCUCUCUCUAUCUCACUCACUCUCUCUAUCUCUCUCUGUCUCCCUCUCUCUAUCUCUCUCUAUUUCUAUCUCUCUCUGUAUAUCUAUAUAUAUAUAUAUCUCUCUCUAUCUCUCUCUAUCUCACUCUCUCUCUCUAUCUCACUCUCUCUCUCUAUCUCUGUCUCCCUCUCUCUCUAUCGCUAUCUCUCUCUCUAUCUUUCUAUCUCUCUCUCUAUCUUUCUAUCUCUCUCUAUCUCACUCUCUCUCUCUAUCUCUCUCUAUCUCACUCUCUCUCUCUCUCUGUCCCUCUCUCUAUCUCUCUCUAUGUAUCUCUCUCUAUUUCUAUCUCUCUCUGUAUAUCUCUCUCUCUCUAUCUCUCUCUCUAUCGCUGUCUCUCUAUCGCUGUCUCUCUCUGUCUCUCUCUCUAUCGCUGUCUCUCUCUAUCUCUCUCUGUCUCUCUCUCUCUAUCUCACUAAUCAUCUCUCUAUCUCUCUCUAUCUCUACUCUCUCUCUCUAUCUCUAUCUCUCUAUCUCUCACGAGCCCGCCUAUUUUUCUUUCAGUGUUUUUCAAAUUAUUUUUCUUUCUAUUUUUUUCGCGUUCAGGUUGGUAUUAAGCGGAAAACUUCAUUGAAUAUCUAUCUAUCUAUCUAUCUAUCUAUCUGA